AUGGCUGAUAAUUUGAUGAGACAAGGUCAAUCAAUUGUUCAUGCUUUUUAUAAGCAGGAUGAUGCUGCAAAAAAUGAAUACAGAAUCAGAUUGAAUGCUUCAAUUGAUGUUUGUAGAUAUUUAUUACGGCAAGGAUUACCUUUUCGAGGUCAUGAUGAGUCAGUAGAAUCAGCUAAUAGGGAAAACUUCAUAGAGCUUGUGAAAUAUACUGCAGAUCAAAAUGAGCUUGUAAAAAAGGUUGUAUUGGAGAAUGCUCCAAAAAAUAAUCAGAUGGUGUCUCACAAAAUUCAGACUGAUCUAGUGCAUUACUUUGCAGAGGAAGAUGUUUCUACCAAGGAGCAAGUGGCAGUGGUUUUUCGCUUCGUUGAUAAAGAUGGGAUAGUAAAAGAAAGAUUUAUUGGUCUUAUUCAUGUUCAAGAUACAUCUUUUGCAACUCUGAAAUGUGANCCUUUUGGUUCCUUCCACGAGUUUGACCAGUCAAAACUUCUUCAAUUGGUCGUCGUGGCAGUUGCUAAAAAACAUUUUGAAGUUGGUGAUUUUUUUGAUAUGAUUUCGGUUUUGUUAAAUGUGGUUGGAGCAUCUUGUAAGAGGAAAGAUAUGGUUCGAGAAGACCAACAAAGGAUCAUCGAAGAAGGAAUUAGUCAAGGUGAAAUUAAGACAGGAAAGGGACUGAAUCAGGAGCUUUCAUUUCAAAGACCUGGUAAUACUCGAUGGUGUUCUCACUACAAUACCUUAGUACGGUUAGUUGAUUUAUUCCCUUCUAUUGUGAAAGUAUUGGAGUAUGUCCAGAGCGAAGGGAGUGAUGGUAUCAAAAGACGGCAAGCUAAUGGUCUUAUCAAAUAUUUGCACACCUUUGAUUUUGUGUUCUACUUAAAGUUGAUGUUACCUCUUCUCGGGAUCACAAAUACUCUAUCAGUUGCUCUGCAAAGGAAAGAUCAAGACAUUUUGAAUGCUAUGUCUCUGGUGAAAUCUACCAAGCAACAAUUGUACAAUCUCAGGGAUAACAGAUGGGAUUCUUUGGUUGAAAAAGUUAAUUCUUUUUAUGAGAGUCAUAAAACUGAGUUGAUCAUCAUGGAAGAAGAAAUUUUUGAUCCAAAGAAGCCAAGACAGAGAACCAACAUAACAAACUUGCAUCAUUAUCAGGUGGAAUGUUUUUACACUGUAUUGGAUAUGCAAAUUCAAGAGUUUAAUGAUCGUUUUGACGAGGUAAACACUGAAUUGCUUAGUUGCACUGCGUCUUUGAGCCCUUUUGGUUCCUUCCACGAGUUUGACCAGUCGAAACUUGUGAGGUUAUCUGAGUUUUAUCCAGAAGAUUUUAGUUCUGUGGAGCGGAUAUCUCUUGAGCAUCAACUUGGUAUUUACAUCGAUAAUAUCCGUGAAGAUAAAAGGUUUGCUAAUUUGGAGAGUCUUGGAGAUCUUGCACGUGUAAUGAUGGACACAAAAAAACAUCUUUCGCAUCCUCUUGUUUAUCGACUUUUGAAGUUGGUUUUGACUUUACCUGUUGCCACUGCUACAGUCGAGAGAUGCUUUUCUGCGAUGAAAAUUGUGAAGACUACCUUGCGAAACCGAAUGGGUGAUCAGUUUUUAAAUGAUUGUAUGGUUUGUUUUAUUGAAAAAGAGCAUUUAGAUAAAGUGACAAAUGAGGUAGUGAUAAAAAGAUUUCAAGAUAUGGAAGAUCGUAGAAUAGUUUUGUAG